UUGUGCUUGUUUUUCCUCCCAGCUGGUGAUCGCUUUAAGUUCGGCUCAUAUAAAUUGGUAAACCCGUCUGCACCAAGCAGAGAGCAUGUUCUGCAGGAAUCAAACAGCAAGAGCAACCGUGGCCCGCGGCUCUGCCCUGGAAAUGGAGAUACGACGAGGGAAGUUCAGAAAGAGCGUUUUCUUGGACACAUCACAGGACAGCGACAUCCAGAAGAAGAUUGACCAUGAGAUCCGUAUGCGCGACGGAGCCUGCAAGCUGCUGGCCGCCUGCUCCCAGAAGGACCAGGCGUUGGAGGCAUCGAAGAGCUUGCAGACCUGCAGCACACGUAUCUUGGCCUACAUGUCAGAGCUGCAGAGGAUGAAAGAGGCUCAGGUCAUGCAGAAGGUCACGCGGAGGUCGUCGGACGCAGGGCCGAUGGACGACCGACUCCCCUGCAAAGGAAAAGUGGCCAUCUCAGAUCUUCGGAUCCCUCUCAUGUGGAAAGACACGGAGUACUUCAAGAACAAAGGAGAGCUUCAUCGGUGUGCAGUGUUCUGCCUGCUGCGGCUGGGAGGAGAGAUCUUUGACACAGACAUGGUGAUAGUGGACAGGACACUCACUGAUAUCUGCUUUGACAACACUAUCGUAUUUAAUGAAGCCAGCCCAGGUUUUGAGCUGCGUGUUGAGCUGUAUAGCUGCUGCUCAGAGGACGACUACUCAGCAGGCAGCACGCCACGGAAACUAGCCAGUAAACUGAGCUCGUCACUAGGGCGAUCAGCUGGGAAGAAGCUGCGGGCAGCCAUGGAGCCUGGGCCAUGUAGUCCCGUAAGCAACGGAGGGGCGUCUCCUCUUCUGCUGCCAGUUCCUUCUGUACCGGGCCCUAAGUACCACCUCUUAGCUCAUACCAGCCUGUCACUGUCACACGUCCAGGACAGCUUUCGCACACAUGACCUCACCAUCUCAGGCAACGAAGAGUGCUCAUAUUGGCUGCCGCUCUAUGGCAGUAUGUGUUGCCGCCUCGCAGCUCAGCCUCACUGUAUGACCCAACAGAUGAUGAGUGGAUGUUUGAAAGUUAAGCAGUUAGGUGGUGACCCUCAGAGUUGGACAAAAGUGUACGGCGCUCUAAAAGGAACAAACCUUUUCUGCUACCACCGGAAAGAAGAUGUGGAGGCUAACAUUGAGCCAGCCUUCACCAUUGCCAUCAACAAGGAGACCAGGAUACGUGCGUCCGAGAAAGACCCUCAAAGUAAAGUUCAGAAUAUCUGUAUCAGUAACCAGUACGGAGGUGAGGAGGUCACACACACCCUGACAACAGACAGCCGCGAGGACACACACCGGUGGAUGGAGGCCUUUUGGCAACAUUUCUACGACAUGAGCCAAUGGAAACAGUGCUGUGAUGACUUAAUGAAAAUUGAACUGCCAUCACCAAGAAAACCAGCUCCUGUCACACCAAAGCAGGGCUCACUCUAUCACGAAAUGGUUAUUGAGUCAUCCAAUGACAUCAGCAGCACUGUGUCAGACAUCCUGGCUCGGAGAAUGCAGGAGCUGGAGCUCCGCAGCCAGCUGGGAACCUCCCCCACCUGGAUGACUGUGUUUGAGGAGAACAACCCCAAAAGCGCUGGUCGCCCCCGUCCCUGUACUUCUCGCCUCUCUGGCCACAGCCCUUGCACCCCUCAUCGACUGCCCCGGAGUCCUGUGAGUCCUCACCGCUGCCCACAGCUGAGUCUGCUGUCCUCAGAUGCAAGCCUGACCUCAGACAGCGACAGUCACUGCAGCAACAGUCCUUGCUCUCAUCGCCAUGGCUGGCCCGAGCCUUCCUCAAACUUCCCUCUCUUAUCAUCUUCCCCCUCUCGCAUGAGGCCACGCACUCUGUCGCUGGAUGCUAAGCUCAGCACCCUUCGAGGGAGGAUGUACGGAGGAGGAGGGACCCUGCAGUGCCCCUGCCAGCCACCUCCCUCCUCGCUGCUCGCCCCGUUCCCCAUCUCAUCCUGUUCACCUCGGUCACAGCGCAGCACACAGACCACGCUGUCAUGCUCCAGUUCCACUUCCAGCAACAGCUCCAGCAACAGUGAGGGCAGCCACAGCCUAGAGUCAUCUGAGGGAGCCCCCUUCUCAAGGCCUUCUCCGGCUCGACGCAGCCUCAGGAACCUCAAAGCCAGACUUGAUCCUCGCAACUGGCUCCAAAGUCAGGUGUGAACUUGUCCUGCCUGACAGACAUUUAACACUGGCCUCAAGGCAACAGUGGUCAUUAAACUAUGGUUUAAUUGGCUUAACAUAUAUAUGUGAACCAAGCUCAGGCAGUCAGCUGCCUCUACUGCCUCCUGGUGGAGGAUGGAUCAUGUAAGACCCUCCUGGGGCAAACUGGAAUGUCUUCUACACAAAGGACAGGUGACAGUCACUGCAGGCGACUGCACUUUGCUGGGUUGCCAUCAUUUUUAAGAUGGUCCACUACUAAAUGGGAGGUACUUUGCUUGUUUUGAGAAAUUAUUAUGGUCAUGCUGCUUGGGAGAAAGCGAUGUUAAGAGCUAAGGACUGUUUUGACCUUAGCCAUCCUGGCUACCCAAACAGUGUUUCAAAAUCAUCUCUGUUAAUGCACUAGCAGUAUUUUGACUGAAUGUUUCCUGUCUGUAUUUUAUGGAUAAAGGUUUGCAGUGGUUAUGAUAUGAAAGCCAGUGAGCAUGUGGCAAGAUGAACAUAAGGUAUAAUCAGUCAAGAGUUUUCAAAUUUUAAGAAACUGUUACGUGGGGAGGUUCAAGGUUGGAGUCUGUUGUCUGUACUGUCUACUGUAUCUACUUUAGUGUCUGCAUCUAAUUAUUCAUUUUUGUGGUUCUCGUAAAAUUACUAUGCACCAUUUGUUUUUGCACAUGAUUUGACUGAACGUUAAAAUGUUGAACUACUUGAGAUCAUUUCAACAAUGAAUCUUACAGAAGCUUAACUUCAUGCAAGUGCUCAUACAUACUGUACUGGUUAUUACUGUGAUCUCUUCUGGGUAAAACUCUGUCCUCUGGUCUUAACUUUCACAAAUGUAUCUGCACACUCAUGACUUCAUCAGAAGUAGGUAAGAGAUCCUACGUAGACAGGACAAACCCUAUAAUAAGCUGAAAUUAACCAAAGCUUAAGUAUUUUUGAAAAGCUAUUCCUAUAAUUCUGCUACACAGUUCCUGAUUUUGGAAUUUCCAAUAAAAUGUGAAUCAUCCACCAAACAAAUAUUAUGCAACACAGAGACAUUUGUUAGAUUUUAUGGUGGCUGUACUCUCGGCAACUUUCUAUGAAGAUGAGUACUUACCUGAAAACCACCGUCAACUAUUAGGUCACGAUAGUAAGAGCAGGAAUAAAAUGGUGUAUUUAAAAAUUGCCAUGUAUUUAUUUAGUUAUGUAAAUUAAUUCCAUUUAGACAACUCUUAACAGCAGUUACUUUUUGUCACAAAAAACCAAUCAUCUUAUUCAAAUCUUAUAGGUGAGUCUGUGUCUCUGUCAGUGCAGUAACCUCUUCUACUCUGUCUGUACUGUUUACUGUGGAUUUUACUUUGGUAACAGUAUCCUUUUGGGCUCAGAACUCGGGCAAUUUGACUAAGGAUUAAAACUGUUAAUUUUUAACAAAUAAACCUCCUCUCUUUUUCUUCUGUUACAUUUUUGAUUUUGUUAUAAAUGCAGCUAUAUUGAUACCUUAAUAUUAUUAUGUUAACAGAUGAUGUGCAGAUCUGUAAGGGUUACAUAAAGAUAACAUUGAAUGUUAUAACCUUGCAAGUUUCUCAUGUUAGCAGGCUUUGUGUUCUGCAUGUACACCGUCCUAGAAGGCGAACAUAAAAUGAGGAAU